AUGCGGCGUACCCAGGAGGAAUCAGGCAACAUGCCUGUCCCCGCGCCAAUGGACCAAGAGUAUCGAGCGGAAAAGCCGCUGGAUGAGUCGUUUAGUGCCCACCUUGGCCUUGGUGCUGUGAUUUCCAAGACGCCAUCCACGGCACCAAGCACAGACACGCGCAUGCCGCGCGUCAUGGACCGCCCUGCGUCGGCCAUCCAGGCUGGCAGCAAGCCGUUCCAUCGUGUGGAUCAGGAGAAGAGUGCGAUUCCUGCCCAUCUCUUCCUUGGUACGUCAGGACGGCCUGGGACGAUGCCAUCCCUUUCGACAGUGGAUCGGAUCGUCGUGAACGAUGUGUUGGAACAGUACAAGCCAAGUGACGAGUCGCUGGCAAAUAUGUCGCUUUCGUACGACGAAAGGGAGGCGGUACGCCAGUCCUUAAGCGUCCCCACCCCCGGUCCGACCAGCGAUGUGUCGUUGGAUGGUCCUCCGCCGCCGCCGCAAGCUGAUGUCAAAGUAACACACAUUUCCAACUUUCGAUCGGAUAGCCCUACGCGGGAGUAUGCAUGGAAGCAUCCAAACGAGGCUCCGGUAUCUUCCACGACGGAGCCUACCACGGAGCCCGCCCCCGUGCUGCCCAAUGUGGCCCCCUCUCGCAGUUUUGGGUACUCGAUGGAUCUGCUCGACCUAGCACCGCGGGCAGAUCAAUCCCUUCUGGAAGGGCUUGGGAUCGAUACAGGCGUGCCACAACAGCCAGGCAUGUACGAUAUGUCGCGCGAGUAUGCGCCUUCCAUGACGACAAUGCGCACGACGGCGCAUGACGACGAUGUGCUUACAGAGGCGCCGCAGGGCGUUGUACAAGAGGAAGAGAUGGUAGAUGUGGAUGCCUUGCUAGCAGAGGACUCUAUGGCUAUGGAGGAUGGCACAGAUCUCGUGGAUCAGCUCUUGGAAGAAGACGGCUUGGCCAACGUCCCGGAUGCGCCGACGACGGGAAUAGGACGCAGUGCAACGAUGCGUCGCAUUGUCUCGAACAAAAGCCCAGAAUCAGCACCGCUGCCGUCCUUGCCCACCCCGGAUCUGCCGACUUUGCCCAGUUGGAGCCCUAUACUAAUUGACAACUUGGACAAGGAUACCGAUACAGCCCCCGCACCACGUCGUCGCGCGGUGGAACUGCCCCCACGCACAGUGCGUCCUCACAUCACGCGCGAUGCGAUUCGCGCUCGGAUGGAGCGCCAAUACGAAAGCCCAGCGAAGCCCAGCGUCGGUGCACGUCGAUCAGCUACCUCGCUACGGAGUCCACUGACGCAAAUGGCCUCCGAACUGCAGACGAAGGCAUCUCAGGCUACUACCUCGGCCCAGACUGUGCCACAUACGCUCUCAAAAGAGUUGCAGCGGCAGUCGACAUGGUUCGGGGAUGGGAGUAUGACCUCCGCGGCCGGCGUUUCUCAGACGGGGUCUGUGCAGGCCGCCCACGAAGUGCCAGGCACGUCGGAAGAUGGAUCAGAUGUCUUCCUUUCGCCUGCGUCGCACGCUGAGCCUACACUGGAUGAGACGCAGGAAGAUACCACAGCGCCCGCUCCCCAGGCUGAUGAGUCGAAUGGCCCUGAAACCGCGUUCGGCAACGUCCUGGACCGCGAGCUUCGCCGGAUUGUGCGUGAAAGCGACCAGAAGUAUCGCAUCCAUGAGCGUGGUGUGUACGUGGAUAUGAUGCCGUACGAGCAGCCGUACGCCGGCCACAAGGCAUGGAAGCGAGUGCAGCAGCCGAACGAAGUCGCAACGUUGGCACGUACAUCACUAGCAUCGACGCGAGCGCCUGAGGCACAUGGUAUGUACACCACAGGCCGUUUGUUCCUGGCAAUGGACUCGUACCUCCCGCCCUCGUCGGUACCGGUAUACCCCGACUCGACGUUUUCGUGCAUUCUCGACAACGGUAUUCACCGUGUCAAGACGGCAUCGAUGCCGCUGCAUCGCGCCAAGGACGGCGCCUCGCCUAUCGACCAGGAAUUUGAACUGCUGGAAAGCCCGAACUUUGCGAUUACGCUUACGUUUAUGUUGGAUCAGGUGCGGGCCGAGUCGGAAGGGGCGCCAAGUGAGCUCGGUGGUUUGAGUGGGGAGGCUCGAAGUGGCGUGGGCAAGUUCUUUAGCAAGCACUUGGGCACACGUUCUUCGAAGCUCAAGACAGGCACCGCUGGCCUGGGUGCGCCACGUUCUACGACGCCACGUACACCGUACCUGGGCCAGGUGAAAGUCGUGCUGGACGAAGUCCGUGCACAGUGCUACACGAAACGUCUCUCCAUGGCUAUGCCUGUGCUGGACGUGGAGGCUACACGCACGAACCGCUGGACCUCGUCCAAGUCGCGGGGCACACUGCACAUCCACUUGUUUUACUUGCCGCCGGUGCCCAAAUCGCUCGAAGGCACACUGCCUGGCAACAUUGACGAGGCCGUGCAAGGGAUGAACGCUGUGGCAUGGCGAAAUACCUCGACGACAUACGAAGGCACACUCACACAGCUUGGUGGCGAUUGCUCCUCAUGGCGACGUCGGCCCAUGCGCAUUGUCGGUCUCAACCUGAUUUGCUACAAUGAAGUCACGCGUCGGCCUACCACACGCAUCGACUUGGUCCAAGCGUUGUCAGUCGAACCGUGUGGGCAGAGUGCUGGGGCACGUGAUUCUGAGGAUGUAUGCGCGAUGCCGCACUCGUUCUGCCUCACGUUCCGUGAUGGCGAGAAGAUUUACUUAUACGCGGACACGGAACUGCAGUGCCGUGAGUGGAUGUAUGUUCUGCAGAACAUCGUGAUGCAUAAACUGACACCGCCUCCGCCAUGGGCGCUCGCGGCAGAAGAUGCGGUGAAGGGACCUGCGGCAGGUAGUAGCAGCGGCCCGUCGCCCAAGCCACCUGCCGCAGAAGCGCCCUUGCCGACAGGCACAGCGAUGCAAGCACCGAAAGCGUCUGUCACACCGGCACCGCCUGCGACUACACAGAUGCCAUCGCCAGGCGCACCUGCCAUGGGCGAACCUGGACCGGCCGCACCACGGCCAUCGUCGCAACAACAACGAGCAUCUUUCACGAACCCCGCAAGUCAGCCGAUGCAGCCAUCGAUGACGCAGCGGACGUCCACGUCUCAGUACACCAACCCAUCGCGACCGUCCCAGCAGUCUCAACAAACGCAGCAGUCCAAACAUUCGUUCUUCUCUCACCUGACGAACCCGCUGCCUGGCAAGCGAGGCGCGAAAGCACGGCGACGUGCGCAGGCUCAGGCGCAGGCGCAGGCAGAGACGCAGGCGUCGUCGGCGUUGGAAGAACCGCCGCAACGUUGGAGCACUAGUCAGCCGCGGACGUCAGCCGCCCUGAGCCGCGACAUGAACCGACCUGCGUCCCAGGACUCCACGGUAUCGCCGCCAGCCAGCUCAAUGCAGCCGGCGCCGUGGCCGACCGACACUGCCACGUUUUCGCAGGCGGCAUGGCAUCCCUAUGCUCAGGCCCAGACCCAGACCCCUGCUCAGGGAGCCUAUGACAUGCCGUAUUACGACCAGGAGAUGACCCAACAUGCCGACGAUCCACAGUACGCACAAGCACACUACGAUGCGAACGCGUAUACCUACGAACAAAAUGCGGAAUUGUUCGCCCAACCAUCACAGUCGUACUUUGAUCCGGCAAUUAUGCCCACCGCAGGGGACGUUCCUCAACCACCCUACACAUCUCACGCUGCUACGACACAACCUCAAGCGUACUAUGCCCCUGAAACCUACGAGGCCCCCAUGCCCCGGCCUGUCUCCGUGGAGGAGAUGCCAUCAUCUCAUUCAUUCUCAUCCGUGACGCGCAUAGCGCCAGGGUCGAACAUACCAGCUGAGACCUCCUUUGGCGCAGAAUCGGUGCCGACGCCUCCCCCCAAAUCGCCUGCCAAAAUGCCGCAAAACUUUGCAGCGAUGAACGAGGCGACAGGCGCUCAGCCUUCAUCGUGGUACGAUCCAGCAGCCCAGGCACCUCCAGCAUCGACCACAAAGCGUCGAGCGCGCGAUACCGCACAGCGUUUGUUCGGUUUACGGCGCCGAAAAUAG